AUGGCAUCUGAGACAUCGAGUUCCCAGGCUGAUGGUUCCAUUUCAGCAUCCACAUUACAAAUAUUACCGUUCAAAAUUCAUUUUUAUGAUGGCGGUGCAACCGAUAACGAUGAAAAUUAUGCAAUAGACAAUGUGUUGAAAUACUCUCGUUAUAAGCAUUGUUCAAAACACGGAAAGAAUUUUAAUUUAAUAUUAAAAACAGAACAUGAGUCAGUUGUUUUGUUAACGCAUAUUUUUAUAAAAGCACCGCGAAGAUACACAGCACCACUUAAGACAGCUGUAAUAUUUGUUCAUUUAACUGAGCCAAACAUUCAGGAGUAUACAUCACAAUAUAAUGAUAUGACGGAAGAACAAUACAACCAAUUAUCGGAUGAGAUAAAAAUAAAACAUGGUGCCGUUGCUUAUUUAAACGUUGACAAAGAUACUCUUGAAUCGUUGACAAUAUUUGACAAAUAUGUUAAAGCAAAAUAUGUUCAUAUUAAAUUAAUUGAAAGAUUUUAUGAUGAUAAAAAUAUUGAUUUAGAACGUGUAGCAUGUAUUGGCUAUCUAAAUGAAGAAUCAGCACCCAAAAAAUUUGAAAAACUUGAAAGAUUACCACAAUCAUUUAAUCUUCAUAGGAAAAUAUUGCAAACAUUUAAUCCAUUACAUGAAGAUUUUGAAGAAAUUUUAAGUGAAAAUACCCAUUUUUUUGUUCGAACAAAUGAUCAAGAUGUAAAAAAUACUGUACAAAAAAUAGCCGAAGAAAAUAAUCAAAGUUUAGAAAAAAGUAUAAAUGAUAAAACAUUGUAUGCAAUUAUCGAUAUGGACGAAGAGGAGAAAUAUGUUUUAACUGGUAAACAUUCAGAAGAUGAAAUUCGCCAUUGGAUAGAUGAUUGGAAAGAAAAUAAAAUUGAACCUUAUUUGAAGAGUGAAAAAGGUUCUGCAGGAGAUAAACAUGAAAAAUAUUCGAAUUUAUACAUUGCCACAGCAAAUACAUACCAACAAGUUGUUUUAGAUAAUAAUUCAGAUGAAAUUUUAUUGCUAAAACAUGUUUCAUAUGUGAGUAUUUAUUUUGAUAUUUUAAAUAAAAUUGCUCAACAUGUUAAAAAUUUACAUAUUGUCAUAUUCGAUUGUAUUAAAAAUGAUUCGCAUAAAAAAUGGUUUCCAACAACAUCAUCAGAUGAUAAUGAUUUAUUUUAUUUUUCAAAAAAUAAAAAUGAUGAUGGUGACUAUCCAAAAUUAUAUGAUGAAGAUAAAAUCUAUUGGCUUUUAUUGAAAUCCGUAUUAAACUUUAUUAAAAAAUCUACACAAUUAAAUGAAAUUAAAAGUAAUUAA